UCGAAUUUUUAGUUUGAUAUUCGCGAAUAUCAAUCUGCUGCUCAAUUGAUGGACGUCUUUUAUAAUCCUUAUCCAAUGUUCUCAUUCAUAAAUCAAAAUGAUAAGUGAAUGAAUAUGAACUUGAAUGAAUUGGUUGUGUUUCAAGCAUUGUUCGGUUAUAGGGUAAGGUGCCUAAUUAGCGACCCUUUCCGAUUUGCGACCUACCUCCCUACAGAAAAACUGGCAGGAGAAAACGGGGUAGAAAUAUCAUCAAAAGGUCAGCCAUACUUUGGUUAUCAAAUUAAAUUAUUUUCCGGUCGUCGAUAUUUCUGGUGGGGCGUUUCAGUUGGCUGGAACUGAAGUUGAAGAUGAGUCUCAACAAGUUGAAAAUAUCAGCUGAUGCAUAUUUAGUGUGUUUAACACAUGUCCUUUCAACUGAGAGCACAGAAGUAAUGGGCGUCCUUCUCGGAUCUGUGGAGGACGGAGGGGUGUGCCGCGUAAUCUCUGCCAAAGCACUGGUGCGACUGGACAAGCGGAAGGACCGUGUGGAGAUCUCGUCGCACCAGUUGAUGUCAGGGGCGACGGAGGCGGAGCGACUGGCGGUCGAGCUGCGUCGUACGGUGCGCGUGGUCGGCUGGUACCACUCGCACCCGCACAUCACCGUGUGGCCGUCUGCUGUGGAUAUUGAUACACAGCACGCCUACCAAAUGAUGGACGAUGGCUUCGCAGGCCUCAUAUUCUCUGUAUUUCCCAAAGACCAGAGUGCCGGCGUGCAGGCGGCCUGCUUUCAGUCAGUGGCAGAUGGAACUGGAGCGCUGAAACGAAAAGAUGUGCCCGUCUGUGUAGAGCCGUCCCGCACGAUCGCACCCCAUUGUCUGCGCGCGCUCUCAGGACUGCCUGAGGCUCUCCGUGAAGAGGAAGUGGCUAGCUACGAUGCAGUUCGGCCCGCCUCUAAUAGCGAUCAGCUUACAGAGAUGCAUAACCAGGCUGUACUCGUCAGCAACAUCACCCAGCAGCUGGGCUUGCUGACGAUGCCGCUGCUGCAAAUGAUGGAGAACAGGCUGGAGCGCAAUCAGCGUCAGCUGCGGCGACUGUUGGCCGAGCGUGACUCGCUGGCCGAGCGGCUCGGCAGUGCUGCCGUCAAACGCGAGCCGAGCAAAGCAGACGUGGACAGCGGUGCCGAAACCGAUUUGCGUCUGUCAGACGACGAGACCGGCGGCGCCGCCCACAGUCCCUCCUCGGAGGACACCGUCUACCUGCAGUCCGCAGCUGAGCGAGAACUGGGCGUGUCGUCCACGCGCCGUCCGCUGAAGGUCGAAUCGGACUCUGACUCGGACUCGACUGUCAGUCUGGAGCUGGCCCGGUCCCGCCGCCAGCCACGGGUUAAACGAGAACGGGACUCGGACACGGAAGAGCUGCCGACCGAGUCGGAGGGAGGCCGGCUGCGGCGGAGGCUUACGGUCGUGAAGGAGGAGCCGGACUUGUAAGGUGGGUAUCAGGUUUGUGUUGUCCGAGCAUCGGCGAUACACAGCGAAGGACCAGCGAUGCCUUAUGGCGAUUGAGGAUGGACGAGUAACGUGUGAGUCGAUCGGGAAGGUGGUAGAUCAGGGAGCUGUCUGCUGCGAAGCAGGAACGUGAUUGAUGUACACGAGACUCAGACAGAGAGCAAAGCUGAGUGACAGUCGUGGAAUUUGUGUCUGGGCCCAGGGGUGGUGAUCGUUGUGACGAGGGCAGACAUUCGUAAGGCAACUGUCGUUAUGAAAGAAACGACGGGCGUCGCUUACCCAGCUGCUCAAUUUGCUGUGAUAUUAAUAUGUGUUCAGUAACUUGUACUUUGUAUGCAAAUGCAUCCUGUUCAACCGCGCCUUUCGCGUCAUCACAAUACAGUUUUUGUGAAGUA